UUUGUGUUUGUAUAAAAAACUUGAGGGCACCCCCGCGGCUUCACUUUCUCUACGAUAUUUCUCUUUCAUUUUAUUUCUAUUUCUAUCAUUUAUUUGCUUCUAUAGUGGUGUCUCAAAAGCCGCGAAGAUAGAUUCGGAUCGUAAGAGGAAGAAAUCUUCGAUCUCAUCCGCAGAUCGAACGGCGGCGAAGGGGGGCGAUCAACAUAAAGAUAAAGCUCCCACUUCCUCCACCAACCACCACCACCACAAAAAGAAGAGCAAGAUGUCUUCUUCAUCGCCCGCCAAUCAAGUGAGGGCUUCUCACAUCCUCAUCAAGCACCAAGGCUCCCGCCGUAAGGCCUCUUGGAAGGAUCCUGAAGGUCGCGUAAUCUCCAACACUACCCGAGAUGCCGCCGUCUCACAGCUCAAAGCCCUCCGUGACGACAUCGCUUCUGGCAACGCUAAGUUCGGUGAGGUUGCCUCUCGCCACUCCGAUUGCAGUUCCGCUAAACGCGGCGGGGAUCUCGGUCCUUUUGGUCGAGGCCAGAUGCAAAAGCCAUUUGAGGAUGCAACAUAUAGCCUUAAGAUUGGUGAGAUAAGUGACAUCGUGGAUACUGAUAGCGGAGUUCACAUCAUUAUGAGAACAGGUUGAUUAUUGGUGAUAAUACCUGGAUAUGUUGGCAAUUAGUUCGGUGUGUUGGAUAACUGUAUUCAAGAAUGUUCUGAAAUUAAUGUCGAUACUGCCUAUGGUCAAUUUGAGUGAUAUUUUACACUUUGGCAAUGACAUUUUAAAUGCUUGGUAUAAGUUGUUUGGCGAGGGCAUUUAAUUUCCGAACCAUUUUGGUUGUGAUUUGAGAUUAUUUGCUUGUUUAUAAUAAAAGGUUUUGGUUAUAAUUUA